UGCAACAGCUGCUUUUCUGAGACUUUGAGGUUACAAGGUGAGGAAACUCCAAGCUUUGAUUUCUCUAUGAAUAACUGUGAUAUACCGAAAGAAGACAGAAUGGCUUCAGAAAACUCCCAGGGCACGGCUAAGUCUGCAGUGGAAAAACUCUCUGAUGCAAUGGGUGAAAGAACUAAGCAAAUUGGCACAGCCAUGAAAGAGGUUCACCAUCAGAGAAGACUGGUCCUGUUUAUUGUGUGUGUUGCACUAUUCCUUGAUAACAUGCUUUAUAUGGUAAUUGUGCCCAUCGUACCUGAUUACAUUGCAAGUAUGAGAGAAGAUAAUAAAAAUCACAUGAAACAUUCAAAUUCCAGCUCUCAAAAUACAAAUAAAUCCUAUAUAGGACCCCAGUACCCUGUAGAGAAUGAAGACAUGAAGAUAGGAGUCCUCUUUGCCUCUAAAGCCAUUCUACAGUUAUUAGUUAACCCAUUGUCUGGGACUUUCAUAGACAGGGUGGGCUAUGACAUUCCUCUUUUUAUAGGACUGAUUGUAAUGUUUUUUUCUACAGUGAUAUUUGCAUUUGCAGAAAACUAUGCCACUUUGUUCUUUGCAAGAAGCCUCCAAGGUUUGGGAUCUGCCUUUGCAGACACCUCUGGAAUAGCUAUGAUAGCAGAUAAAUAUACAGAGGAGGCAGAGAGAAGCAAAGCCCUUGGUAUUGCCUUGGCGUUUAUUUCAUUUGGAAGCUUGGUCGCACCCCCUUUUGGAGGAAUCCUUUAUCAGUUUGUAGGCAAAAAGAUGCCCUUCCUAGUCCUUGCUGGUAUCUCUUUAAUAGAUGGUAUACUACUUUUAGUAGUCAUUAAACCUUUUGCUAAUCGAACUAGAGUAAACAUGCCAGUGGGCACACCCAUCCACAGACUCAUGAUAGACCCUUACAUUGCUGUGGUGGCAGGGGCUCUCACAACCUGUAACAUUCCUCUGGCAUUUCUUGAGCCCACCAUUGCAAAUUGGAUGAAGACCACAAUGGGUGCAACUGAAUGGCAAAUGGGACUUACAUGGCUACCAGCCUUUUUUCCUCAUGUCCUUGGUGUUUUUCUAACUGUAAAGCUUGCAGCAAAUUAUCCUCAGUAUCAGUGGUUCUAUGGUGCCAUAGGCAUGGUCAUAAUAGGUGCAAGUUCUUGCACAGUGCCAGCCUGUAGAAAUUAUGGACAACUUAUUGUACCAUUGUGUGGUAUCUGCUUUGGAAUAGCCCUAGUAGAUACUGCCCUUUUGCCAACCCUUGCAUUACUUGUAGAUCUCCGUCAUGUAUCAGUCUAUGGAAGUGUCUAUGCCAUAGCUGACAUUUCUUACUCAGUGGCUUAUGCCAUGGGGCCUAUAGUUGCCAGUCAGAUUGUGCAUACUACAGGAUUUACUCAGCUUAACCUUGGCAUGGGUCUUGCCAAUGUCCUCUAUGCUCCAGCCCUUCUAUUACUUAGGAAUGUAUGUCAAAUGAAACCUUCCCAUUCAGAAAGAAAUAUACUACUAGAUGAGGGACCUAAAGGUCUGUAUGAUACAAUUAAAAUGGAAGAAAGAAAAGCUAAAUCUCACAAAGCCAGUCACAAAGAUGGUGCUAUAAAUAGUAUGAACAAUACUGGGGAACAGCCAGGUCCAUAUAUGUCUGAUGAGGGGUUUUCUGACUAUGAAUAUAGCUAAACAAUAUGCCAAUAUUAAUAUGAAUUACUGAGCAGGAAUCAAAUAUUUAGCCAUUUAUUAAUGCACCAACAUACACUUUAUUUAUUGUUCCAUUUCAUAGGAAUCAACUCAAUGCUUUCUGUAGAUUUAUUUUAUGGUAUUUGUUUUGAAAAUUUCAAGACAAAAAUAAAUAAAUCCCAAAUCACGUUUCACGCAUAUCUUACAAUCCUUCAAAUAAUAAGUGGAGUAUUGUGAAAACUGUUUUUUUUUUUCAAGUCUAAACUUUACGUGUGAUAUAUUGUAUAUCUGUACAAAAGAAAAAAUAAUAAUUAUAUGGAAUUAAUAAAGUUGCAUAUUCAGGGAAAUAAAAUGAAUAAACAUUGUAAAUAAAUAUAUUUUGUGAUUUGAUUUUCUAAACCA